CUCUACUCCCUCCUUCCUCGCCUUUGCGUCCCGGCUCGCCGCUCCCGCGUUGCAUCAUCUGCAGCGUGGGGCUGCCGUGGGACGGCUGGACGCGGCACGAUCCGCUCAGGCCGGGGCUCCAGCCCGCUCUCCCGCGUCUCUCCUGGCUCUCUCCGCACCUGCUUCUGUGUCCAGGCCGGGAGUCCCCCACGGGCCGGCUCCCAGAACCCGCGGGGCACAGCUAGCGAGCCUCGCCAGCUCCGCCUGAUCCAUUCAUUGAGAGCCCCGUCUUUCCUCAGAGCCCAAGUCCCCCGCCUCCUCCAGCUCGGAGCCGCGGCCAGCGCCAUGGAGAAGAGCAGCGAGACCAACGGCUACCUAGACAGCGCUCAGGCGGGGCCUGCCGCGGGGCCUGCCGCGGCCGGGGCCGCUGCGGGACGCGAGCGGCGCUGCGCCCGCUUCCUGCGGCGCCAGGCGCUGGUGCUGCUCACCGUGUCUGGGGUGGUGGCGGGCGCAGGCCUGGGCGCGGCGCUGCGCGGGCUCGAGUUAAGCCGCACGCAGGUCACCUACCUGGCCUUCCCUGGCGAGAUGCUGCUCCGCAUGCUGCGCAUGAUCAUCCUGCCGCUGGUGGUCUGCAGCCUGGUGUCGGGCGCCGCCUCUCUUGACGCCAGCUCCCUCGGGCGCCUGGGCGGCAUCGCCAUCGCCUACUUCGGCCUCACCACGCUGGGCGCCUCAGCGCUCGCCGUCGCUUUGGCGUUCAUCAUCAAGCCUGGGUCUGGCGCGCAGACCCUUCAGUCCAGCGACCUGGGCCUGGAGGUGUCGGGGCCUCCUCCGGUCCCCAAAGAGACAGUGGACUCUUUCCUCGACUUGGCCAGAAACCUGUUUCCUUCAAAUCUUGUGGUUGCAGCUUUUCGUACGUAUGCAACCGAUUAUAUAGAGGUGACCCACAACACGAGCUCUGGAAACGUAACCCGUGAAAAGAUCCCCGUUGGCACUGAGAUUGAAGGGAUGAACAUUUUGGGAUUGGUCCUUUUCGCUCUGGUAUUAGGAGUGGCCCUAAAGAAACUCGGCUCUGAAGGAGAGGAGCUCAUCCGUUUCUUCAAUGCCCUCAACGAGGCAACAAUGGUGCUGGUGUCAUGGAUCAUGUGGUAUGUACCUGUGGGCAUCAUGUUCCUCGUUGGAAGCAAGAUAGUGGAAAUGAAGGACAUCGUCGUGCUGGUGACCAGCCUUGGGAAAUACAUCUUCACAUCUAUAUUGGGCCAUUUCAUUCAUGGAGGAAUUGUUCUACCACUUAUUUAUUUUGUUUUUACACGAAAAAACCCCUUCAGGUUCCUCCUGGGUCUCCUUGCACCGUUUGCAACAGCAUUUGCCACUUGCUCCAGCUCAGCAACCCUUCCUUCUAUGAUGAAGUGCAUUGAAGAAAACAAUGGCGUAGACAAGAGGAUCAGCAGGUUCAUUCUUCCCAUCGGGGCCACCGUGAACAUGGAUGGAGCAGCCAUCUUCCAGUGUGUGGCCGCGGUGUUCAUUGCCCAGCUCAACAACAUAGAGCUGAAAGCAGGACAGAUUUUCACGAUUCUAGUGACGGCCACAGCAUCUAGUGUUGGAGCAGCAGGCGUGCCAGCUGGAGGAGUUCUCACUAUCGCCAUUAUCCUGGAGGCCAUUGGGCUGCCCACUCAUGACCUCUCUCUGAUCCUGGCUGUGGACUGGAUUGUGGACCGCACCACCACCGUGGUGAAUGUGGAAGGGGACGCCCUGGGUGCGGGCAUUCUCCACCACCUGAAUCAGAAAGCCAUGAAGAAAGGGGCGCAGGAACUGAGUGAGGUGAAAGUGGAAGCCAUCCCCAACUGCAAGUCGGAGGAGGAGACGUCGCCUCUGGUGACCCACCAGAAGCCCGCUGCCCCUGCAGCCAGCGCCCCAGAACUGGAAUCAAAGGAGUCGGUUCUGUGAUGGGGCCGGGCGUCGGGCUGGCCUGCCCGCAGUGGUGCCCCGCCCUGUUAGUGCAGCCGCGGGACACUGGCACGCCCUCUCUGACUUUUAGCCUCCCAGCAAUGCUUUGGCCCCGUCACCAGUUUGAGGAUUACUUCUCACACAGGCACUGGGCUUCCCAGCGGGAACUGGUUGCCGAGGACCAGGACACUGAUGUUUGGCCUGAUCCAUGUCCAGGUGCCACCGUGUGUGCACCCGGGCUCUGUUUGGAAACAUGCCCUCGGGCUACCAGGCUCUGGAAAUAACAGUCUCACCGGGACCUGGUGGUUAAAGUUUGGGAAGAUGCUGGUGUACGCCUCGUCGCACCCAGUCAGCUCUGCGCUGGGUGCUUCCCCGGCAGACCUAGGGGUUUGCAGUCAUCUGUCACAUUGCCUUGUGAGCCGAAGUAGUUGGAAAAGUUCCCAAAUUCUUAGCCUUGGCUGGACUUCGCUGAGCUGGGACUGAGGUGUUCAGUGUGUGCUGGGUGUGGCUGGCUUCUGGGUCACCGAUGGCCGGUGGUGGGCUGGAUGUAUGUGCUGCGCGUUGUCAGGUUAGAAAUAUUCCAGGUGGUGUUAGCACUGCUAGGGUCUCUGGUCAGUGUCAUUGAGUAAAUAAUGUAAAUUCGGAGGUAAAAGACAGGAGGGGGGAACGCAGCCUGCAGAGGGAAAGGAAGCACCCUAAUCAAGACAGGAUGACAGGAUGCACACACACCAUUGUCCCCACUCUCCUCCCAGCCCUGGGGAAGUUUUCUGCUUCCGUGACCCGGGCCUCUGACAGCACUGUGGCUUUAUCCCCAGCCACUCUGAUUUGGCAACAGGCCAGAGAGAGGCCUUCUCCUCUUGGGGGGUGUGAUGUGGUCGGCGUGUUCAGGACCCUUGUUGGUUUAUCAAUCUAUUAUUUUAGUUCAACUAGACCCUGCCUACAAAGCUGUGUUGCAGCAAAAAAUUUAAAAAAUAAAACACAAACCCACCCACUCAUUGGAAUGGGGUGCCCCCAUCCCCAGAUCCCCUGGCUUGGGCUGAUUUCCGUGGACUUGGUUUGAAUCUAGGUGAGGGGGUGUUGUAGAGAAGACCAGCAUUGCCAGGGACAGGGAAGACCGAAAAGGCACAAGACAGCUGUUCCGCGGUGUGACCUGCAGCGAGUCCUGGGGCCUCACUUUACCCCGUGUGUAAAAUGGGUUGGUGUCACCUGCCUCUUACCUACCUCAGAGGGAUUUGGUGAGGCGAACUGAGUGGGUCCAUGAGAACGACCGUCUCCCUUCUUGGAUAGCGAGUGCUGACACCCCUCUGCUCUUCUGAUUCGGUACCAGUGGUACCUUUCUCCUGGAGGCCUCGUUCUCCUGGGCAGAACAGCUUUGAUGAGCAGGGCCUCCUCCGUGUGCAUUAGCAGUGUUAUCACGCCACUCGUUCUCCCCGUAGUUCUGUGACAGCAUCAGCGCUGCCUCUCCCGGAUGUCCUUCAAGUGUCCGUGAGUUCACUACCCCGCCUUCCACGCUUCCCGGUACCUGACUUCCGUGACUCCCAGACCUAGGUAGUGUGUCUGUCACCCCACAACAGGCCAUUAAAGCUCCCACACUUUCAGCCUCGUUCAUUCCCUUGUUUUCCCUGUUGCUGUGGUGUUGCUGUCACCCGGGCCCUAUAGGAAGGGAACACACCACUGCGAUGUGUGUCCCCUUGUGCUGAGGAUGGGCGGACAGGACAGAGACAGUUGAGCGCCCUCAUAUUAAAAUGAGGGGCGUGUGCCUGAGCAGAAGGGGUGGGGAAGAGCCAAGGGCACAGAGCUGGCCCGGCCUGGUGGGAAGGCCCAACUCCCUCCAACUCAAAACCAGCUGAGCCACUCCCACCUCCUGUGAAGCCAGGAAUGACGAGGGACUGAGUCGAGAGGUGCCUCCCUGGAAACUCACCCUCCGGCCACAGCUUGUUGCUGAUAACCUUUCUGUUUUCAAAGGGGAAACAAUCACCUUAUUUGAUUCCAAACUGCGAAUGAACAUUCACUGUUUUUCAGGUUUCAGUGCAUCUCAUCUGUCCUUCUUCCACAUAUAUAUGGCUCUAUAUGUACACGUAUACGCAUACAUAUUUAUGUGUGUAUGUAUGUUGUUUGGCUCCAAUCCAAGCAAGUUUGAAUGUGGCCAGAGGUGAACUAACUGGAAGUUGUGUGGCUUGGGCAUCCUGGAGUUCCUGUUUCUAAAGAUGAAUUUCACAAAAUGUGGAAAUUAGAGCUGGACAAUGAGACCCAGUGACUGCACAGCCUCUUUCUUGGACCUGGAAAUGCAGUGAGGAGAGUGCAUGGCCUGGAGCAGGGCCCUUCCGUAUACAAUCCCAAUGAUGAGCACACCCCUUCCCCUGGGAGGAAGAAGGUGCUGCUUUUCUCAUUUUUCAGUCCACGAGAGGAAUCAGACCCGGCUGGCGAAAAUCCCGCUUUCUCAUUGUCUGAAGAUGUCUCCCCGCUGUUCUCUUCUAACCUGUUGUCAUAGAUACUGUUCGAGUACUGUUCGUCUCUGACUGUUUUGUACGCGUGACAUUUGCCUUAAAACAUAGCAGUCCUCAAAAAUGAAUCCAGUGUUUCUACUAG